UCUUAUUUAUUUCUUUGGCCUCGAAUUAAUCUAAAUCACGCAAUGAGAUAGUUGUUAGUUAUUGAAUGUCAUUCGUUGCAAUGAAGGACUUGACUCGAGUAUCCAAACAAGAACAAAAUGAUUUUUUCAAUUCUUUUGAUUACGUUUUAUGCGAUGUUGAUGGAGUGAUAUGGCUUUUCGAUAACAACAUUCCCGGCUCAAUUGACGCCAUAAAAGCCUUCAAAAAUAAUCUCAAGAAAAAAAUUAUUUUCGUUUCAAACAACGCAACUAAAACCCACGAUGACUAUUACCAACAAUUAAAAUCGGUAGAAAUUGUGUCGCAAAAAUCUGAUUUAGUCCAACCAACUCUUGCCAUCAUUGACUAUCUCAAAAAAAGCAACUUUAAUAAAGAAAUUUAUUUAAUCGGAAUGACGGCUCUUAGAAGCGAACUUGAAAAAGCCGGCUUCAAAAUUGCACAAUCCCCCCCUGAUGAUAAACUCGAUGAAGAAAAAGUCUUGAAUUUUGUUCACAUGUGUGUUGAAAAAAAUGACAAAGUUGGUGCUGUGAUUGCCGAUCUUGAUGUCAAUUUAAAUAUAAUCAAGUUGCAAAAAGCAGGGACGUAUUUGAGGGAUCCCUCAGUUAUUUUCUUGACGGGUGGGUCCGAUAGAUUGUUGCAUUACGCCCCUGGUGAGACUAUAAUCGGUCCCGGAAAUUUUCACCGGAUUUUAGAGGAUUUAGCAGAACGGAAAGCAGUUUCGAUGGCGAAGCCAGGGCCGUAUUUGAGUGAUUUUAUUAAAAAUAAGUAUGGAAUAUGCGAUCCGAGACGGGUUUUGUUUAUUGGAGACACGAUUGUUGAGGAUAUGGGUUUUGCUAGUGCUUUUGGGUGUAAAAAACUACUAGUUUUUAGUGGCCUAACCCGGAAAGAAGUUUUGAACGAUUGGCAAUUUCCGGAAAAGUUGAAACCGGAUUAUUACGUCGAUAGCUUGAAUGAUAUUUAUGAGAUUUUGAAUAAUCAAUUUUAGAUUUUUAUGUAUUGUAUCGCAUUGAUUUAUUCAUUAAACUUGUGCGCAUUA